UCAGACGGCGGAGAGGCACUAUGGCGGGAACGAACCUCGGGGCCCGCUUCUACCGGCAGAUCAAGAGACAUCCCGCACUCAUCCCGAUGAUCGGCUUCAUUGGCCUGGGAAUGGGCAGUGCGGCGCUGUACUUGCUGAGACUCGCCCUGCGCAGCCCCGACGUCUGCUGGGACAGAAAGAACAACCCAGAGCCCUGGAACCGCCUGAGCCCCAAUGACCAAUACAAGUUUCUUGCAGUUUCCACUGACUAUAAGAAGCUGAAGAAGGACCGGCCGGACUUCUGAGCUGGCUGGGGUGCCAGCGAGCAGUAAACCACCGUCAGCCAGUCAGCCUGCCCCAGUCAGCCUGCCGACUCAUUUCUUCCACUCUCUGCCCCCUGCCCCCAG